CAGGAAAGCGAUGCUUCAAUGAAGACAUGGCGUCUGUGGCCGCCUGGCUGCCUUUCGCCAGGGCAGCGGCCAUAGGCUGGGUGCCCAUCGCGAACAAGCCCUUACCCGCGCCGCCCGUUACCAAAGAACAACGGAAAAGAGAAGAUGAAAAAUUUGUUAUCAAUGUGAGUGGACGGCGAUUUGAAACUUGGCGGAAUACCGUCGAAAAGUACCCGGACACACUACUCGGUUCUAACGAACGCGAGUUUUUCUACGACGAGGACUGCAAGGAAUACUUCUUCGACAGGGACCCGGAUAUCUUCCGGCACAUCCUCAACUAUUACAGGACUGGCAAGCUACACUACCCUAAGCAUGAAUGCCUAAUGUCGUACGAUGAGGAACUCGCCUUCUUCGGCAUCAUACCGGACGUGAUCGGAGAUUGCUGCUACGAGGACUACCGUGACAGGAAAAGGGAGAACGCGGAAAGGCUAAUGGACGACCGGCUGUCCGAAGCCAACGAGGCAGAUAACAUGCCACACGCCAAUAUCCGAGAGCGCAUGUGGAGAGCGUUUGAAAACCCUCACACAAGCACUGCGGCACUGGUCUUUUACUACGUGACUGGUUUCUUUAUUGCUGUCUCGGUGUUCGCGAACGUAUGCGAGACCCUCCCCUGCAGCAUGAACGAAGCGACCGGCGACACGAUGUCGUGCGGCGAGACGUACAAGGCGGCCUUCUUCUGUUUGGACACGGCCUGCGUCAUGAUCUUCACUGCCGAGUACCUCCUGCGGCUAUACGCCGCUCCCGAUCGUUGCCUAUAUAUGCGAAGCGUCAUGAGUGUCAUCGACGUGGUGGCGAUCAUGCCAUAUUACAUAGGACUCGGCAUAAAGGACAACGACGACGUUUCAGGGGCCUUUGUCACCCUCCGCGUCUUCCGGGUCUUCCGGAUCUUUAAGUUUUCGAGGCAUUCUCAGGGACUACGUAUCCUGGGAUAUACGCUCAAGAGUUGCGCCUCAGAGCUAGGCUUCCUUGUUUUUUCCCUGGCCAUGGCCAUCAUCAUCUUUGCCACCGUCAUGUUCUACGCGGAGAAAAACGUCGAGAAUACCACCUUUACCUCCAUCCCGUCGGCCUUUUGGUACACAAUUGUGACCAUGACAACCUUAGGGUACGGAGACAUGGUACCAGACACCCCUACGGGUAAAAUCGUGGGAGGUAUCUGUUCCCUGAGCGGCGUACUGGUGAUUGCCCUACCAGUACCCGUUAUUGUCUCCAAUUUUUCCCGAAUUUACCACCAGAGCCAGAGGGCUGAUAAGAGAAAAGCACAAAAGAAAGCCCGAAUGGCUCGUAUUAGAAUUGCUAAAGCGACUACAGGUGCAGCUUUUGUGAGUAAAAAGAAAGCCGUUGAAGCAAGAAUAGCUGCCCGGGAGAGUGGACAAGAGGUUGAGGACUUCCCUGAUGAUAUCUUUGAGCUACAACAUCAUCAUCUGUUAAGAUGUCUAGAAAAGACGACGGACCGCGAAUUUGUAGAACAUGAAGUGCCCUACAAUGGCCAACCUAACCGGCCAGCUUCAACACCCCCUCUGUCACCCCUUCCUUCCUUCUCUUCAGCUGAGAAUAUCAUCCUUCAGAGCUGCUGUGGCAGAAGAUGCAGUAAGAAAUCUUACCAGCAUCACCGGGGUACAACAUCAUCUGACCACGAAGAGGAGCUAAACGAUGUCCAAGUGCGGUUACAGAACCGGACCUCACCGGACGGCGGCCACUUCCACCGUCCUAGCCUGGGCAACGCCACCGUAGCCACCACCGUGUCCAGCUCAGGCACUGCUACGGUUGUCACCCUGCCUCACCCAGAAUCUGACCGAAAUCCCUCAAACGUCGGCAGUCCACCUGGUACCACCAGUGGCACCGGAAGCGGUGUUGGUGGUGGAGGAAUUGGAAGUGGUACUGUUAGGAUCAGCACUCUAUAAUGAAACUGAAAAGAGCCUUCUUAGGUUAGCAAAAAUGAAACAUUUAACAAAGGAAAAAGGUUCUACUUCUUCUUCCACGUGGCCUUCCGAGGUAAAUCCGUUGGUUCUGGUUCCAGUUUUCGCACCAGAACAAGAUCUUGAUGAAAAUAUAUCCCUUUGGCCUUAUAACCAUUACUCCAAGCAUCAAAAUAAACCUUGUCGGUUUACAGUCGAACAAAACAGAAUGGAAACGAUGUAUCAGGACGUAUACCACGUUCCACCGUACUGUCCCGGAUGGAGAACCACAGAUCAUUUGAUUGUUUGGUGCAGUAUUAUCAGCAACGCCAUCGACACCAAACCUCUAAUAGUUAAGCUCGUAUCGAGUCCCUAUAUCCCAAUUGUUAGUAAAUAGUAGUUACGAAAUGCAAUUAUUUUAAAUCUAGUCAAAUUAUUGGGCUGGUUUGCGUUUAAACAAAUGAGUAUCGAUUUGUGUCCUGAAUGGUAAAAUACAUAUUGGUUAGGUUUUGAUAAGUUACGAACCUAUCGUGGGCUUUCAAAGUUAGAAAUUUUGCCGAAAUGCCUAAUGAUUGUCUGUAUUGAUGUUGAGUACAGAAAUUGUCUAAGAAAAAUGAAAAUGAUAGUAUUUCUACAAACAGAAAAAGACUAAUCUUAAUUUUAUUUAGACAAAGACUAAAAAUAUAAAUUAACUAUUAAAUUAAGCCUUUUUUUAAUUUCCUAAGGCAACUAAAUUAUUCAGACAUCAACUUCUAAUUCUCAUAAAAUGUUAUUUUUUUUAUUCUAAAAAGAAAUAAAUAACACCAUCAUCAUCUUUCAUUAUUUUGUUACAGACGUUUCCUUUUGUUAGAAGAAAAAUUAUAUCUAAACCAAUUUCCACUUUUUUAUAUGUCACAGAAUUUAUUUAUUAAUACGUUUUUUUUAUGAACAUAAAAUUUAAAAAUUCCAUUUUAUGACCAAUAAUCAUUUUUGCAUUAUGCGAAAACACCAUUAAGUUAUAAAAAACAGUUAAAUAACAUUAAUAAAAAUAUUUACAUUGCAGAAAUAAUCAGAAUAUAGCAUUUAUGAAAAAUAAUUUAGAUUAAAA